AAUGCCUCCAUGACUCGUGUCACAGCAGAGGCCCGAGCCAAUUAACAAGCACCCUAGAGAUUGAACCUGCUCAAUGCCAAUGCCCUCACAGGGGAAUGAGGCUGACUCGGGCUGGAGGCAUUAAAACAGAUAGAUAUUGUACAGAGAUAGACCCACACACACACAGCCUACUAAUGUUAGCAGCUAGCUAAUCAUGAAUCACUAUUAAAAUAUGUGGUAUAUUAAGGCAUUACUUCAAUCUUAUAUCCAUGAAUGUAGAAGCCUUAGCAUGGGAAUGAGUCUGACCUGGGCUGGAGGUGUACAAAUACACACACAGCUAGAUAGCCAAUCAUCAUUGCUAUCGACUGAACAUGAGGUAUGUAUUCACCCUCUCUCUGGUCAAGAGAAGACCAAAGAUUGAGGCCUUCACAAUGGAAUGAGUAUGGAGACAGCAUACAGAUACACCCACAUCACACUAAUGCCAGCAGCAAUCUAAUCAUGACUCACUACUAAACAUGUGGUAUAUCAAUGUAUUAAUGCCUCAUUUGGUGAAGACAUGUCAUCUUAUAUCCAUGAACGUAGAGCCCUCACAGGGGACUGACAACUUGGGCUGGAGGAAUCACACAGACACAGAUACGCCCACAUAGACACAGCACACGUCUAGCUAUGUAAUACAUCGCUAAUGCAAGAGUAUCACUUCACCAUUCGGCCAACUGAAGUCAUCUUAUGUCCGUGAAUGACGAGACGAGUGAAAAUGUCAUGAAAGGAGGGGUUUUCGUGAUUCGAGUGUGCGAGCGAACUGUAAAAACUAAAAGAAACCAAUUGUCUCAUGAAAUGCAGAUUUCCAUUUUUGACCGUUCAGAAUACGACUUUUAAACAUCUCCAAACAUUUCAAUAGUACGCAGUUGCAUGUGCUUUAGACCCUUUAACUGACAAAUAGUGGUUGUCCAUAGUUCUAAUAUAGCCUUUUCUUACUGUGCACAAAGAGGCAACAAUCUAAAAUAUCAAGGAAUAGAUUUACUAUCAUUAAAACCCUAUUUGUCAUAACACAUUAUCCUGAGACUACAUGGAGACUCAAAUGAAGCACUACCCUAAUGCUCUCCUUAACACCGUUCCCAGCAUUAGGAAGUCUCUUGUUAUUCUUGGAGAUGGUUUAUUGUUCAAAGAAUGUCUCCACUGCAAUGGUGUCUGACAUCUUGAUUGUGUGAGGGAGGCUACCGUGGAGCUGUGUCGGAAAGUCUUACAGGAAAAAUCUGUUGCCAAAGCACAGUCACUUCGUCAGUGUUUCCCAAUGUGCUCGAUGGCCUCCAUACCCUCCCGAGUCCCUAGCGGUGCCCUAAGUAAGAGUGAAAAAUAGCGGGCAUACAUCCUCAUAUCACUAUUUCACACGGAGGCGUGGGCUGCACAAACUCCACCCGUCACCGCUACUAACAAUGCAAUGCUAGCCAGCUAAUGAAGACUGUUGUGCUGCAGGUCUUUGGAAGAGAGUGAUGAUCCACAUUUAAAACAUGUCAAAACCCUGCGAGAGUUUCAAGGGAGUCCGAGACAUUCUUUGUGGCCCUAUAAAAGACACGGGUCGAUCUGAGAGACUGUCAGUACAGUAGCAAGGUGAGCCAGCCAGCAAAGAAAGAGAACACGAGGCGUUCAAAUCCUUUUGGUGGAACUGGAACUAUACUCAAGAAACAAAAUCUGAUUCUAGAACACACUUUGUAACACACUYGGAAGCAAACAUGAGAGGAGCUUCCUAUUCCCAGAAAUCCCAGUCACUGCAGGUGAGUGGCUCUCGUAACAGUAUGCGGGUCCAGAGCCCCUCUCCCUCCCGGUGUCGCGGUUCCUCGUACAACAAUCGUGGACYGUCCGGGUACCAGGGCGGCAAUUUGUCCUCCGCCGUGGAAAUUGGCACAGAGAUACACCAGCAGCAUGCCAACGAGAAGGAGAUGAUGCAGGUGCUGAACGUGAGGUUCGCCGGCUACAUCGAGAAGGUUCAGGCCCUUGAACAGAGGAACGCCCAGCUGACUGCAGAGCUCGCCGCCCUACAGGGCCGCUUCAAGGGAGGCCCCACCGGCAUCGGAGAAGAGUACGAACUCAAGUUCAAGGAGAUGAGGGAGCUGAUUGAAGCUUUGACCAAUGAGAAGGGAGCUGCUGAUAUCGAGAGGGGAUACAUUGAGGAGGAGGUGGAGGUGUGGAGGCUGAAACUGGAAGAGGAGCUGGCACUGAAAGAGGAGGCAGAGAUGAUCCUGAGGGAGUUCCGUCAAGACGUAGACAAUGCCACCCUGCAGAAGGCGGAGCUUGAAAAGCGUGUCGAACAGCUGGUGGCCGAGAUCGAGUUCCUCAAGAAGCUUCACGACGAGGAAGUCGCCGACCUCAUGAAGCAGAUCGAGGACUCCAAGGUGACUGCGGAAAUUGACGGUGACCGCCCAGACCUGGCCGCAUAUCUGCGCAACAUGCGUGUCGAGAUUGAGACUGUGGCGGCCAAAAACGUACAGGAAGCCGAGAAGUGGUACAAGGGCAAGUUCGAAACCCUCAAAGAGGUUGCCGGCAAGAAAGAAGAGCAGAUGAAGUCGAUUAAAGAAGAGAUCACCACUUUCCACAACCAGGUGACAGACCUCCAGAACCAGAUUGAUGGGCUGAGAGCACGCAACAUGGCCCUGGAGCAGCAGCUGGAGGACAUGGAGAUGGCCCACAUGGAUAAGGUCGGAGGCCUGGAGGGCAUCAUUGCCCAGCUGGAAAACCAACUCUGCGAGACCAAGCUGGAGAUGGGKAAGUACCUGGCUGACUACCAGGAGCUGCUGCACAUCAAGCUYAAGCUGGAUACCGAGAUAGCUGUCUACAGGAAGCUGCUGGAGGGAGAAGAGAGCAGACUGGGGAUCUCGGCGGUGAAAGAGCCAGAAGCUUAAGGUGUCCAAAUAUCAUUCGGGACAGAGGAGAACUUCAAA